AUGACUCCCAUCAGACUUUCUUCGUACGCCAAGGUCGCCGCCAGAUGCUGGGUCCCCGUCAAGCCCACCACCGUCACCAGACCCGUGAUCAGACAGUUCUCCAACCAGAGAGCCGUUUUCGCUUCUGAAGGCCACGUCGUCUGCAACGACAACAUCUACCACGCCGCCGCCACUGAACACGACGACGCCCCCUUUGAACCCACGGUGUCGUCGGAAGAAGACAUCCACACCGCCGGCCCCGUCAACAAGGCCUAA